UAUUAUUAUUUGUGUUACUUGAGCGUUUCUCUAUAUCUUAAAGCUGUGUUUGGAGGGAAUCUUUAAUGCUCACAUCCUGUGCACUCUCACCUCCCCAUGUCCAGCCUUCCCUCAUAUCAUCCAGCAGUCGGUUUAUCUUAUUAUAGACCUAACUAAUUACAUCAUCGUAAUGGGUGUAGGGGUGUGUGUGACUCCAUUAUAAUAUGGUGCCUGUGUGUGUCAUGAUGUGAGGUCAAAGGUCAAUAUUUCCCCUUCUUAUUUUCUGGCUCUGUAGACUAACACACUGGAUGUGGCUUGAGUGUUUUUACACAGUGGUAUUGCUGUUUUAGUUGAGUGAAAGACUCGAACACUUCUGUGUAAAAGUAAUUAGAUAAUUGAAAACAUGCAGGCUGAAGCUCACAGAGGAAUACUUUCAGCCACACAGUUACAGCUGACAUCUACAUGAUUUUAUCCACAUGGUAGCAGCUGAGCGCUCUGUUUUUUCCCUAUUAGCUUCCUGCCCGCUGCCCGACUGAGAGCCCGGUCUGUGCGGAGAUCUCUCAGGUCGCUUUAAGAUUAAGACGGAUCUUUAUGUCGACUUCACGUUUAUAGGAGUCAGUCGGACUUCUCGUUGCCUUCGGAAAUGAAAGGCAGUAGUGUUUCCUCCUCCUGUAACGGUGUCUUGAAUUGAACUAACAAGGCUGUCUUUAUGUGCGAGGCAGAGAGGAGGAGGAGGGAGGAGAGGAGAGGAGAGGAGAGCCGCCGGAGCCCGCAUGAAGGAGCGCCAGUGUCAAGUUCACCAUGGCAACAAUCAAUACUUCCGUUCAAGACCUUCACAAUAAGACUCAUGUUUGUUUAAGCGUUCUGCGUGACCCCCCCAAACAUAAGAACUGCCAGGCCUGUGUGUGUGUAUAUGAUAAUGAGAGGUGGAAGGACAUCUUAGAUAACGUACUUAGUUAUUUUACUUAGUUAAAAAUAGAAAUAUCACAGUGUAGCCUACCAUAGUAAUAGGCCUACCUUGCGAUUUACAAUUUACAGUUGCUUUUAUUGGUGUUUUCAAUAUAGGCUACACCUUCUUUCUUUGAGCAUGCUACUAUGCAGUGCUGUCCUGCACUGUACUGUUUACCAUUAUUUACUCCUUGCCCCUUGCUUUCAGUUUUUGUUUUGGUUGUUCUUACUGUCACCGACAAGCCGCAGCCCUCAUGUUCCGGUGUUAAUCUGCCUCUGUGUGCUGGCGGCACAAACGCUCAUACCCGCUCCUGCACUCCGCAAGUGUCGGCAGUGGACCGGUGGAGGGCUGCGGGACGGGACCGCAGCAGCGGGACAAAACAAGACCUUCACUCAGGAUGGACUAAAGCAACGACUGGCGGAGCAAGAGGAAAACAACAUGAGGAACCCACCGUUGCCCAGCCAGGAUAUGCUGUCUAAUGAAACAGAGCGUUUUAGGCCCAUGCAUCACCCUGCUUCAUCUGGGCUGAUGUGGCUAAAUAUUCAACCGUUCCCAGACAUUUCCUGAGACACUGUAUAUGUUUGGAAACAGGCAGGCGGGCAGACAGGAAGAGGACAUCAUGGACUGACUGAGUGAACCAGAGCACAUGCAACAGCUGAGUCACAUAUGAGUUACAGAUGAUGUAACAAUGUAAUGAUGUCUUUGAGCUGACUGUGGAGCUAAUUGGAUGAACAGAAAGGGAGACGUUUUAUUUUUUACAAGCUCUUGACCCUCACACAUUCACACUGCCAAUGACCUAAUUUAGUUUAAAUGACCUCACACUGAUAAGUAGCCAGCCUCCGCUCUGGGUGAUGGCCGUGAUUGGCCAUGAUUGAUUGGCCAUCACAAAUGGACUGUUAUCAUCAAGGAAGAAGUGUGUGAGGUUACACGAUAUUUCUGUGUGUGUGUGUGUGUGUGGGUGGCUGCUUAGCUCUGUUAGUUUUGAUGCUACAUGCAGCGAUGCUGCGGCGUGGAAUGCUAGCCUGGGUCUCCCGUGUUGGAGUCGUGCUGGUGCUUCUCUGCUGCUCCCUGUCACUCCUCUAUGUGAUGACCUGCAGUCCAAGUCUUGCUCUGCCCCGUGCGGGACCCAUCCACCCCAGCCUGGGGGGCACAGGGCCGGGGAUUGGAGCUGGAGCAGGAGGGACAGGAGGAGCCCGAGCCCCUGCUCAAAGUGGUAGACCCCCUGGUGUUCAGUCUUAUCAGGUGCUCCUACAAGAGCGUGAGGAGCAGCAUCGCCUCCACAUCUCCUCCUUAAAGAAGGAGAUUGCUCAGCUCAAGGAGGCUUUGCAGGAGCGUAGCCAGCAGCUGAAAGGAGUGCAGGAGAGUCUGAAGAGAGCCGCCGGGGGCCCAGCAGAGGGACAGGACACUGGGGCUGGUUCGCAGGGUGGAGGUCUCGGUGAAGCUCAGGGAGCUAGGACAGACCUCCAGGAGUUCCUGCGGAGCCAGCUGUCGAAGGCCGAGGUGAGUGCUGGCACCCGGCUGCCCAGCGAGUACGCAGUGUUGCCCUUUGAGAGUUUCACCCUGCAGAGGGUGUACCAGCUGGAGAUGGGGCUGACGCGACACCCCGAGGAGAAGCCUGUAAGGAAGGACAAGAGAGAGGAGCUGGGUGAGGUGCUGGAGACGGCCCUGCACAGCCUCAACAUGCCAUCAUCCCAACAAGAUAGCAGGAGUGCAGCUGAAAAGACGAGCAAAGUAUACUCACCAUCUGACUUUGUAGAAGGUAUCACCCGUACAGAGAAGGACAAAGGGACGCUGUAUGAGCUGACCUUCAGAGGGGAGUCGAGUAAGGAAUUCAGGCGUCUCGUCCUCUUCCGUCCAUUUGGGCCGCUGAUGAAGGUGAAAAACGAGAGGGUGGACACAGUCAACGUCCCAAUCAACAUCAUCGUCCCACUGUCCAGACGCACGGACAAGUUCAAACAGUUCAUGCACAACUUCAGGGAAGUGUGUGUGCGGCAGGACGGCCGGGUCCAUCUGACCGUGGUGUAUUUCGGGAAGGAGCAGAUGAGCGAGGUCCGCAGCACUCUGGAGAACACGUCCAGGGAAGUUAAUUUUAAGAACUACACUCUGCUGCAGCUGGACGAGGAGUUUUCUCGGGGACGGGGUCUAGACGUCGGUGCCCGUGCCUGGAAGGGAGGCAACGUGCUGCUUUUCUUCUGCGACGUCGACAUCUACUUCACCGCCGACUUCCUCAACACCUGCCGGCUAAACACACAGCCCGGUAAAAAGGUGUUCUAUCCGGUGUUAUUCAGCCAGUACAACCCCACUCUGAUCUACGGGAGUCCUGAACACGUCCCACCUGUGGAGCAACAGCUGGUAAUCAAGAAAGACACGGGGUUCUGGCGGGAUUUCGGCUUCGGCAUGACCUGCCAAUACCGGUCCGACUUCAUAAACAUAGGAGGUUUUGACAUCGACAUCAAAGGCUGGGGUGGCGAAGAUGUCCACCUGUACAGGAAGUACCUCCACAGCAACCUCCUCGUGGUCCGAGCACCGUCGCGAGGCUUGUUCCACCUGUGGCACGAGAAACACUGCGCCGACGAGCUUCCACCGGACCAGUACCGCAUGUGCAUGCAGUCCAAGGCCAUGAACGAGGCCUCGCACGGCCAGCUGGGGAUGCUGUUCUUCAGGCACGAGAUCGAAGCUCACCUCCGCAAACAGAAGCUACAGCAAAACUCAAACCCCAAGAAGGCAUAAAGCGCUGGUUGAACUAUGAUCACCGUGACGACUGCAAUCAGUUGAACAAUUCAACUGAUCUGAACUAUGUCAAAUUUUAAAGGAAUAGUUCAUCAUUUUUAAAAAAAAAUGCUUAUUCACUUUCUUGCAGGAAGUUGGCUAGAGCCAGUAAGUGGUUUGCUUAGCUUAACAUCAAGCAGGGGCGGACUGGGACAGAAAUUAAGGUCAAUAUCCACAUUUACUCUAGUUAAACAUGUUUUGUUGAAUACAUUUUUAACUUUUUUUAACAAUAAACGUGGUUAUGUGCCAAAAUAGUCACUAAAUAGAAAGAAGAAAUAUUUGGUUUUUACUUCUGGCGAGUUCUAUCUCUGUCUUUAUACUAAUCUAUGCAUCUGGCACCAUAUUUACCAUACAGAUAAGAUACGGUACAAUACUUGUCAUCUAACUCCCUGCAUGGGAUUGAAUAGGUAUUUUCCCCCAAAAUGUUGCAAUUUUCCUUUAAUUAAACAAUGUGAAGACUUUUUAAAACUCUUUUUCAAGGACUCGGAGCACUUAGUUGCUCUGGGAAGGACAAGAUGAAAUAAAGAUGACUCAAAUCUGAACCGCUUGAGGAGCUCGUCUUGAGAACUGGAGUGGACUUUUUCAACAGAUCUCUGGUCUGAAACAUCCGUCUGUAGUUUAAUGUCCAUUUGUAAUAUUUUUCUUUGUCACUGCAGCAAGGCCUUUCAGAAAGAAAAACACAAGCUACAUUUGAGCUUUGAGGUCUCUCUGAACCGUGUGCCUCCUGUGUAUAAAACCCUCACCGUCUCCUCAGGAUGCUCAGUGAAAAUUGAACCGACCCACAGUUUUUAUAUGUAGGGAAACAGAGCCACCUAGUGGAGCAAGAGUGACCAGCAUGUUGGCUAAUACAAAAUGAAGGACUCUUUUAAAGCCUGGAAUGGCCUUGUAACACUUUUUUUUUUUUUUUUUUUUUUAAAUAUAUAUAUAUAAAUUAUUGAUCAGUAAUCCUCAUUCCUUAAUUUAUGUUUGUUAUUAUUUUUCAAAUGCCAUCAUUUAUAAGAAUUUGAAUAUCUGAUGCAGUAUUCUGUGUGGAAUGAAGUGGGAAUGAUGCUGAGAAGAAAAACAUGUCUCUUUUCCUCAAAGGCCUUAUAAGUGUGAGACGUACAUAUUUAUGCCCAAAAUAUGUCUAAAGGUUUAUUUUUAAAAUGGUUAAUUUAAUUGUAGGGUAGUUUUUUUGGUUUUUUUUGGUCUCAUAACUAAUCUGUGGACACUUAACGAAUAGAUAAAGGAAAACAAUAAUUGACUUACAGUGAUAUUGUUCACUGUCCUGACGCUGACGACGACUUAUCUUCAGUCAGAGUGAGACUAUUGAUCUUUAAAUUUGUGUUUCUGUCAAUCAAAUGUGACUCUUGUGAGCCUUGGAUACACACAGAGCAUUAAUGGAGAGACAAUGUGACAUAACACGUGUUACUGCGCAGUCACAGUAACUGGAGAUGUUCUUGGUGUUGAGAUAAAACUGCCUUGAUCGUAACUGUAUAUUGUUUUUCAUACAAUAUCCAAUAAAUCUCAUCCCAGCACUUCUUCUGUUGGUCAGAGUGAGCUGUACUUUUGGUGGAUGACCAAAGAUGUGAAAAGAGGCACUUUUACAAACUUUUUUUUAUUAUUUGCCAUUGAAGCAUUCCUUGUAAUGAUACAUUGAAUGACUGUCUUUACAGUUCAAGUUAUUUUUUCACUUCAUGUAAAUGAGUUGAAUAAAACAUUUUUUGUGCA